CAGAUAGGAAGAAAGAUGGAGGGAAGUAUCUGUGCUCCGCUGCUAGCGGAGUCAGAUACUAAAAAUAACAUUAUUUCUACUCAUAACGUGGCUUCUGUAUCAGAUGCUGACACAGUAAUAAACACUAAUAAUACCAAUAGUUCACAGAUUGAAGCAGACUUGGGAGAAAGUGACCUGAAGGGUCUCUUCACCGACAGCCACUGCCAUGUGUGUGAGGCUUCUCUGCUGUUCGAGUCCCAGAGGAUCGCACACUACGAGGGAAAGAAGCAUGCUCAGAAAGUGAGACUCUACGUGCAGACCAAGAAAGAUGAGAAACGAAGUAAAGACUUCCAGAGAGGAAUCACUAUGGACAAGGACCGCUUCUGUGAGCUGUGCAGCAUGGUGUUCAGUUCUCCGGUGGUGGCCCGCUCCCACUACGACGGCAAGGUCCAUGCCAAGAACCUGAGAAAACAGGCCCUUUAUCCCACCACCCAGCCAGCAGACACUCUCCCUCAAAGGGGCCCCGGGUUGGCCAUACCAGGCCCACUCCAGGCCUCUGGCAUUGACCAGGGAAUGGUCGAGGAGGGGGGGAAGGGACCCCAGAACACCUCAGAGACUGUGGACCUGAGUGACUCUAACAAGCACUGUCGCCUGUGUGCCGCCUCCUUCAACAACCCCCACAUGGCCCAGCAGCACUACGCCGGCCGCAAGCACCAUAGGAACCACUCCCGCCAGCAGCUGCUCAAAGACCUGGGAGAGGACCCUGCACAAGCCAACUCCUUCACAUGUCCGGUGUGUAACAUUAAGCUUGACUCUGUGGAGAUGUACCAUGCUCACAUGCAAGGAAACAAGCACCAGAUCAAAGAGAAGAAAGUUGUUGACCUAUGCAAGUCUCAGAAGAAGGUGUAUGAUUCGUUCGCAGAUGAAUUGGCCGACUACAUCUACGUGCAGAAGGCCCGCGGUAUAGCCCCAAAAACCAGCUUCGGGGCUACCGGGGAAGAGGAGGAGGAAGAAGCGAACCUCGGCAAGGUUGACGGCCAAAAUAAAAUCACCUUGGGCCUUCCUCCUUCUUCCCGCCCUUCUCUUCCUCUCACCUCUCUUCCUCUGCAUCCUGCUGCUGCCUUUUAUCCUCCUCCCCUUUGGUGCCCGCCCUAUCAGGCUCCUCCCACUCACUUUGGGUUCAAGGGAGGCACCUAUGAGCAAACAGCCUGGGGCCACACUUUCCCUCAGCCCUUCCCCCCAGGAUCUGCUCCGGCAGGCUUUAUUGGCUGGCCUAAAGCCAGGGGGAGGGGCAAGGAAUGUUCAAGCUCCUCCUCUUCCUACACAAGCUCCUCCUCUUCCUACAGCAGCAGCAGUGACAUCAGUGACAGCAGUGACAGCAGUGACAGUGACUACAGGCACAGAGAGAGGAAGAGGAGGAAGAGGAAGAUGAGGAAGGAGAGAGGGAGGAGGGCGAGAGAGGAGGACUCGGAGGAGAGGAAGAGGAGGAGGAGAGGGAAGAGUCUAAGAGAUGACGACACAGAAGGGAGAAGAGGAAGAGAGCAUGACGAAGAAGCGGAGGAAGAGAGUAAGAGGAAGAGAAAAAGACUGCACUAUAGUAGCAGGAGUCACAGGGAGGGACACAGGGUAAAGAAACGCCGGGAAGAGGAUGAAGAAAAAGAAGGAAGGAAGGAGGAGAAAGAAGAGGGUACAGAGGAAAGGUUGGGAGGAGGAGAGGAGAAGGAGGUGCAUAUUCAGGCUGAGAUUCAGGAAGAGAUGGAAGAGAGGGAGCAGGCCAAGGAGACGAAGGCCAAACACAGGAAAGACAAGAAGAAGACCAAGGAGAAAGUGGACACCAGGACAGAGGAGGAAAAGCUAUGGGAUGAGUCCAUCAUAGGCUUGUGAUGCAGAGACCCUCCUGGAACCCACCAUCUGAAGGCUAAAGCCAGGAACAUACUCAAUGCAAAUAUGUCUAGUGACAUGAUAAAAAGUAUACAGUUGGUGAACAUGAACAAAAGCAACCAAGGUCUACGUCCUUCCCAAACUUUGUUAAGCAAAGUAGGCUCGCAUGAAGAAAUGUUACCGAUCCAUUUGGCAUCACAAUUGGCAGCAAACAAGCUCCCAUGUUCUUGUUUUUUUUAUGUUCACCCACUGUCAGCUCUUGAUGAUGUCACUAGACGUCUUAACGCGUUAAGUAUGUUCCAAGUUUUACAGCUGUCACACCGGACAUUACAGACGUCAACAACGACAACAACAUUGGCUUACGACGACUGACUUUACACAGUCAUGACACAAGCAGUAGUGUAGUAAUGCUAGCUGGCUAGCCAUAUGCUUAGUGUAAAAUACGGGUUUGUGUCAUGAAUGUAAUAUAGUUUAUUCACAUCAGCUGCCAUGACUGUUUAUAACGUCUGCUAUAACGUGCUUCUGACAGCGAGAUGAUGGGCGUACAAGGAAUAUGUCAUGUUGUCGGCAACCUCGACACGCAACUCUAUUGCACAUCCAUUUUGAAGUAUCAUAGCUCACUUCACGGCGCAAAAUAAUAUGAUGUUGCAAUGACAUUAAAGGCCCAGUGCAGUCAAAAAUGUGAUUUCCUGUGUUUUAUAUAGGGUUACAAAGGGAGGGUAUAUUACUAGAAACUUUUUAAGUUUACCAGUUAAAUACCAUAGUUUUGGUACUGUAUCUUUCAAGGGUUUUAUGUAAUCUGUCACAAAACAUCAGUGGCCCAUUUUGGAUCUUCAGAUUAUCACAGGUGUCUGUAAUCAUCUCUGGCCCUCUGUGUGGCCUUAACACAUGUCUAAUAUAUGAAAUAAUUAAAUAAGAUUUAAAAAUAGACUGACAAACCAUUAAAACAUUAUCCUACAUAUAAACCAUCAACUUAGUUAAUACGGUUGAGUUUUUACUCUGAGAAUUAGAACCUAACAGACACUAUGAAAGCUUAAUCUUCCCAGAGGGUCAAUACAGCUACAUUAGACAAAAACAUGUUUACAAUAGUGGUGGUAUAUGUACCCCACUUUGGGUGGAGUCUCCUCACUAAACAUUGUAUCUUUAUUGCUAGGCAGAAAACUAAGUGAUACGGGUAAUAAACUUUUCUUCUCCCUUAACGUGA